AUGAUUAGUUCCAGCGUUUCAGCGUUAUGCGACGCUAUUUUAGGGUUCAUUGAAUUUCCAUCUGUAAAAAAAACUAAUUAAGAGGAUUAAUUUUCGAACCUUUGUUUCUUUCUGAAUUAAAUCCUUAGCUUGUUUCUUUUUGCUCAGCCUGUUGUUUUUUUUCAUCUAGGAAAUUCAUUAUAAAGAAUUAGAGAUAUUCUGGUUAACAGAUCGAAGCACUCUUUUUCCCUCAAAUAUGUAAUAUCUAAUUGUUUGCAAGCUACACAUUCAAAAAUUUUAAUUUUAGAGAAUUUAAUUUGAAUGCGAAUUUUUAUUUUACUGAAUAUAGAUAGGUAACGUCGUAUAUCAUAUGUGAUAAAAAGAUAAGCGAGCCUCUAUAAGGGCAUAAAAUAUUGAAUACAAGGUCUAUUUUGUCUGUAGUUAGUGACGCAACUGAACUUAUUUACAAUUUACAUACAAUAUAUUUCUUAGAAUAACAGUGUCCCAAUUGAAAUAACGAACUCUCCAUAAUUUUAUUUUGCAAUGACCUUUGGUCUAAAUCUUAAAUCAUAAAUAUAGAUAAACUCUCUUUUUAUUCGAACAAAUGCAUUGUCCUAGAUCCAUAAAUCUGAACAGAUUUUUAGUCAGAAGUAAUCGUUUAGACUGUGAUCAUCAGCAUGAAUUGUUUAACGGGGGACACGGAACAGCUUAUUAGCAAUGAUAUGUUAUUAUGCACUGCACCAAGCCCUUCAUCUGUUCACAAUUCUCAAAACACUCGAUCAGGAACCAGUGUAUUAAGUACAAUCUUUUUAAUUGUGAAUGCCACUUUAGGAGCUGGUCUAUUAAAUUUUCCUCAAGCAUUUGAUAAAGCUGGAGGAUUGUUCACUUCUAUUACUGUGCAGUUUAUAGCAUUGAUCUUUAUUACUGCUGCACUUGUAAUUUUGGCCAAUUGCAGUGAUGUUGCAAAUAGCUCUACUAUGCAAGAUAUGUUUGCUAAUUUUUAUGGGCAAAAGUCACUUUUCCUAUGUGCCCUUUGUAUCAUAAUAUAUAGCUUUGGAUGUUGCUUAACAUUUUUGAUAGUUGUUGGCGAUCAGUUUGAUAGAGUUCUAGCAACAUACUAUGGACUUGAUUAUUGUCAUACAUGUUAUGCCAGUUCCAUUGGUUGUGUAACUAUUUUGUACGUUAUAAUGUUGAUAGUCUAUAAAUAUUUUACAAAUACUAAACCACCCAUUAAUUCCAUGAAGAUAUGGCCAGAUAAUGAAUACGAGGCACUUCAAAUAAUUCCAAUAAUUUGUUUUGCGUAUCAGAGUCACAUGACAGCAAUACCAAUGUACGCUUGUAUGAAAGAACGUAAACUUGAAAAAUUUACAUUAUGUGCCAUAGUAAGCAUGAUUAUUUGUUUUACUGCUUAUACAGCAGUUGGUAUUUUUGGAUAUGCGACAUUCGGUGCUGGAAAAGUGCCCAGUGAUAUUCUUCAAGGCUAUACAGAGAAAAGCAUAAUCCUUGCUUUGGGCAUUAUCUUCAUAGCCAUAAAAAAUUUUACUACAUAUCCGAUUGUUUUAUAUUGUGGUCGUGAUGCUUUUCUAAGUCUUUUAGGAAUGGACAAUAAUUGUAUUAAAUUUAGAGUUUUUGUUACAUUGAUCUGGUACAUACUAUCUUUAAUAAUUGCGGUAUUGGUACCAGAUAUUUCGCCAGUUAUUAAUCUGCUGGGAGCACUGUCGGCAGCUUUCAUUUUUAUCUUUCCAGGCAUAUGUCUAUUCCAGUGUACACUUUUGAAAGAUUCAGAACUACAUUUAAACAAAGAUCGACUACUAGUUUUUUUUGCAAUUUUUAUCACUGCACUUGGUGCAUUUAUAUCUGGUGUUGUAUUUGUAGAAGCAAUAGAAGAUUUAAGUAUAAAGUCUAACAAAACUUCAUUAAUAACUGGUUUUAAACAAUUGAAAGAAAAUUUAUGUACUUAA